AUGACUUCACACGCGAUCAAUGGAGCUGGAGCCCCUUUGCCUCAAGCGAAGACUCUUCUUGUACACAUCGUUGACCAUAUGGCCAAAACAAAGCCGCAAGCUCUAUACGCCGAGUUUCCCGCCUCGCCAGUGACUUAUGAUGAAGGGUUUCGAAAAGUCACCUAUAAGGAUUUUGCUAAUGCUAUUAAUGGAGUUGCAUGGUGCUUGCAUGACAAUCUUGGGGUGGGAAAGGAGCUUGAAACUCUAGCUUAUGUUGGCCCCAACAAUUUUAUUUACCCAUCGCUCAUCUUCGGAGCUGCCAAAGCCGGUUACAAGGUGCUCCUUCUAUCGCCACGAAAUAGUGUCGCUGCUCAACUUGAUCUCAUGAAGCUGCUGCGGGUUCUGCACUGCAAACACUGGAGAUUCCAAACUAUUGAAGAUCUUUUGACCCGUCCCUCAAAGCACUAUCCAUAUGAAAAGACCUUCGAUGAAGUAUGCGAUAAGCCAUUGCUCGUCAUGCACACUUCGGGGUCAACUGGCUUUCCUAAGCCCAUCAGCUGGACGAAUGGUUUCUGUGCAGCCUACGCAACGUCAUUAUCAUUGAGUCCUCCAGCAGGGUUCGAAAGCAUAGAUAAAAUGUACGAAGGAAAUCGAAUAUUCGUUAUGUUUCCUUCUUUUCAUGCCGCCUAUAUCGCGCAUGUGAUUGUUAAUGGAAUAUCAUUCCAAAGUUCCGUGAUCCUCCCAUUGCAAGCUGCAAUACCUUCAGCACAGUCUCUAUCCGGGGCAUUGAAAAACAAUAAAAUUGAUGUUGCUUUCGUCGUGCCAUCAAUCUUGGAGGAGAUUAGCAAGUCACCGGAGCUCUUAGAGCAUAUUUCUAACAACCUCGACACUGUAGUGUAUUCUGGAGGAGAUCUACCUCUUGUUGUGGCAAUAUCGUGGCAUCUCAAAAACGACACGGGAAGAUGGAAAUAUCUUCAUAUACAUCCCAACGCGGGUGUAGAAUUUCGCCCCUAUAACGACACAAUAUACGAAUUAUUCAUUGUCCGCGAAAAGAACUUUGAGAAUCAUCAGCAAAUCUUCGAGACUUUUCCUGAUCUUCAAGAAUAUCAGACUCGCGAUUUGUUUGUCCCUCACUCCUCGAAGCCGAACCGCUGGAGUCAUUAUGGAAGAUCUGAUGAUAUUAUCGUUCUUGUUAAUGGAGAGAAAACAUACCCUGUUCCUACUGAGCAACACAUUCUAUCUAGUCACCGAGAGAUAAGUGGGGUGAUAGUAGCCGGCUCUCAACGUUUCCAAACCUCGCUGUUAUUAGAAGUCACGAGUAAAGAGGAAUUUACGCCCGCGCGUAAAUUUGACCUGGUGGAGACUAUAUGGCCUUCGAUCGAAGAGGCAAACGCAACAUGCCCAACGCAUGCGCGAAUAGCUAGAUCUCAUAUCCUUUUCGUUCCUUCAGAUCGUCCUAUGGUCAGAACACCCAAAGGUACUAUCAUGAGAGCAGCUACCCUGGCGCAGUACAAAGAAGAGCUUGAUGCACUUUAUGAAACGGCCGACCAAACUUCGAUCGAGUCCAAUACGACUUUAAUCCCACACGUGGAUCCUCAUAACUUCGAGAAUCUGAUCUCGUAUCUGGAAAAUACUAUCUCGACACUUACAGGCUUGACCUUUGACGACGAAGACAACUUUUUCAUAAACGGUAUGGAUUCCUUACAAGCGUUGAUGUUCAUACGGAAUUUGAAGCAGGUCUUCAAUCUUCCAAAAUUGGUCGUCAACGACAUCUAUUUAAAUCCAACACUCAUCUCACUCGCCCGAACUUUGCAAUAUUCCUUGAAACAAGAAGAGGAUGUGAGCCCGCCGCUAAUCGCCGAAGAAACACGCGUGAAGAAUAUUGAGUAUUUACUUGCGGAAUAUUGCAACUUAAUCGAUACCAUUCAUCCUUUGAAAAAUAGUCCUAUUUCAUUACCUGCAAUAAAAAGCGGAGGUAUUCUGCUCACAGGCUCGACAGGCGGGCUAGGUUCUUAUAUCUUGCAAAAUCUCUUGACUACAGCUACCACUGUGCAUAUUUACUGUCUUAAUCGAUCCACCGACAGCAAAUCCUUGCAGAUUGAAAGAAACAGGAUUCGAGACCUGCUUACAGAAUUUCCCGACGAUCGUGUUACAUUUCUUUCAGCCGAUCUUUCAAAGUCUAAGCUAGGCCUCGGGCAUGAAGUCUACAAUAGUCUUUUGCAAAAUGUUACGCAAAUUAUCCACAACGCCUGGCCGGUCAAUUUUCAUAUCAACUUAUCAUCAUAUCAUCCACACCUUCUAGGAGUUGUCAACUUGGCCAAGUUUGCGAGUGAAGCUUCGAAGUCGCCAUCACUUAUGUAUAUUUCCUCCGUCAGUGCAGUAUCCAACUUUACCUCCGUCGGAGACUCAGUCAGCAGAAUUCCAGAAGCAGUCAUUCAUGAUGCCUCGGCGUCGGAGUCUAUGGGUUACGGUGAGAGCAAAUAUCUAUCAGAACGCAUCUUGGACUACGCAAGCAAGAAAAUUCAACUCCAAGUUAACAUUGCACGUGUUGGUCAGAUAGCUGGUCCUAUCCAGGGGCCAUCUGUAUGGAGUCGAGAUGAAUGGUUUCCAAGCUUGAUAAUUUCCUCUUCUUUUGUGGGUGCGGUGCCGGAUUCUCUGGGAUUGGAUUUGGACAGGAUUGAGUGGAUACCUGUCGAUGCUUUAUCUGAGAUACUCAUCGAACUUUGCCAAAUUUCACAGCAUGGUAGAGAGAUCGACGGCGCGAAAGUGUUCAAUUUACUCAAUUCAUACCAGGAAGAGUGGGAAAAUCUUCUACCAACAGUCAUGAAAGCACUCUCUUCAGGCAGCAGUACCGAAACUGAAAUUGAGAGAAUAAGCUUCGAGAGCUGGAUUCAGAAGGUGGAAGGGACCGCGGAUCAGCAAUCUUUUCACAGCACAGAAGAGACGAACGCAAAGGAAACGCAUUUUAAUCACUUGGUAGAAUUGAACCCGGCAAUCAAACUAACCCAUUUCUACAGAGCAGAGGAAAGAAGAAAGGAAGGUAAAAAGUGGGAAACUGGAAGAGCGCAGAAGCAGAGUGAAAGGCUCCGGAACUUGGGGAAGAUCGAGAAUAUCUGGUUGGAAAAAUGGAUCAAGACGUGGAUGAACAAUAACUCUAAUAAGGUUGUAAAGAAAUUGGGAUGUUGGAGAAUGAAGCUAUUUUCUUUAAAGGAUAUCUCGAGAGAGGAGUAA